AACACCUCUCACUCUUCAGGUUUGAACCAUAACCCAAUAUAUAGACUUGCUUAUGGUUUGUCUAUUAUUCUACACUUUGAAUACCCCCACACAAAAGGGGUAUCACCAAAAAGCUGAGUGACGGAUUUUUUUGUAGAGCACUUCAUUUUUUUGCUUUUUGAUGAACUGUUAGUCGUCUUUAGAAAAAUUUCAGUCAACUUUUCAUUUUAAGAUUUUUGGGAGUUAAUAUGUUCUAAACUGGUUAUACAUACAGAUGGAUCAACGAAUACUAAGAAUUGAGGAACAUGUCAACGAAACGUUAAAGGUGGAUCUAAAAAAAGCUUUAGAUGCUGGAGAUAUAGUAUACAGCCAGAUUUCUGAAUACUUAGAAUUAAAAAAUCUCAUCGAAAAGAUGAAGGAUAUUGAUGUCCCUCAGACUAAUUUAAAAACAAAAGUGAAUGUGGGAAGUAAUAUAUACGUGAACGGAUUGAUUUAUUCUCUUGAACCUAUUGCAGUUGAUAUCGGUCUUGGGUUUUAUCUUGAAUGUAGUCAUACUGAAGCUUUGAAUGUGAUUCAGUCACGUAUUUCUAUUUUAAACGACCGUGCUAACUUGUAUAAGAAAAAGGCCAAUUCAAUUAAGGCUCGAAUAAAAUUGUUUUUAGAGGUAGUUUAUCGUUUCUACUUUUUGACAAUUACAGGGUCUCCGAAACCUUCAAAACAUCGAGUGAAGUCAAAUUACAUCAAAUAAUUUUGACAUUUGUCUGUAAAUAUGUACAUUAGAUUACAUUUUUUAAACAAAAACGGAAUUCUUUGUUACUGUGGUAUGUUUUUAUUAUUAAACUACGUAUUUCAAA